CCCCUGCCGCCCCGCCCACCCGCGGGAAAGCCUCGGACCUUCGCCCGCCCUCCCCGAGGCCGUCCGGCCCGCUCUCCUCCCGUCGCCCCUAAAGACGCGAAACGUGCCCUACUCUGCCCCGGGGAGAGAUCAUGGAUUAAUUGAUGAACAAUGAGUUGAUGGAGCUACCUUUUUGUAACCUGCUCUUCCUACAGCUUCUAAGAAGAAAAAGGAUCUCUUGAGAAUCAAAGAAAAUGCCUCGAACUAAACAGAUUCAUCCCAGGAAUCUACGAGAAAAAAUUAAAGAAGCACAAAAAGAACUUAACGGGGCAGAAGUAUCAAAAAAAGAAAUCUUAGAGGCUGGUAUUAAAGGAACUUCAGAAUCACUUAAAGGUGUGAAACGAAAAAAGAUUGUUGCUGAGAAUCAUCUGAAAAAAAUACCAAAAUCCCCACUGAGAAACCCUCUUCAAGCAAAGCAUAAACAAAAUACAGAAGAGUCAUCUUUUGCUGCUCUUCAAAGUGCUCCAGAGCCUCACAAGAAGCAGAAUCACAGUCCUGUAAAAAAUGGGAAGCAGUUUACCAGACACAAUGGGGAAACCCCUGGGAUAAUUGUCGAGGCCUCUAAAUCCGAAGCAUCCGUGUCCCCAAAGAAGCCCUUGCUCCUGCAGCACCCCUCCUCUGAACUGCGCAGGUGGAGGUCAGAAGGCUCCGAACCCGCCACAUUGAAUUUCCUGGAUGGGAAAUGUGACUCUAGCUCUUUGUCAAGUAAAACCAGGCCUGACCGCAGUGAAUGUACCUCCCCUGACUGCAGUCCUCCCCUGUCCUCGUGCACAAACACCGCUUUCGAUGUCUUACUGAAAGCCAUGGAGCCAGAACUGAGCACCUUAUCACAGAAGGGCUCGUCAUGUGCAGUUAAGAUAGAAAGACUGAGACCAAAUAAAGCAGGACGACCCCCUUCUCACUCGAAAAACAGCUCGACAGCUGCCCCAAAUCAGACUUCACAAGAAUUUGUGGCUGAGUCACAGUCUUCUCCUUGUACCUCAUACACAGUGCAUGUGUCUGCUGCUCAGAAGAGCGAACAGGCAGCAGGCCAGUCAAUUUCUCACUCAUAUAAACAACACGAACACUUUGUUUCUAAAUCUAACCAACAAAAUCAACAGCUUCCAGCCUGUUCACCUUUCAUAAGAUCCCUAACAACUCUGCAAAAUCCAGAGAAUGCCAAACUUGCACAGGUUUAUAAUAUAGCAGUGACAUCAUCCAUAGGUCUUAGUUCACCUUCCAGUAGAACUCAGGUUAAUCCUCAGAACCAGCAAGUGGAUUCUGCUUUACCUAUGUCAGUAAGUCCAGCCCAUUCUACACAGUCACCCCCCACGCCAAUUUAUAAUUCAAUUCCUGUCGCCUCUGUCAUAAAUCACAGUGUAGAGCAAAUGUGCAAUCUUCUGAAAGAUCAGAAGCCAAAAAAACAAGGAAAAUAUAUUUGUGAGUAUUGUAAUAGAGCGUGUGCAAAGCCGAGUGUGCUUCUAAAGCAUAUCCGCUCCCACACUGGAGAGCGACCCUAUCCCUGUGUGACCUGUGGAUUUUCGUUUAAGACUAAAAGUAAUCUGUAUAAGCACAAAAAGUCCCAUGCACAUACUAUCAAACUGGGUCUUGUCUUGCAGCCAGAUGCUGGUGGUCUGUUCAUGUCCCAUGAGUCGCCCAAAGCACUUAGUAUCCAUUCAGAUGUUGAAGACAGUGGGGAGAGCGAUGAGGAGGGUGCUGCUGAUGAAAGGCAGAACGACCUGGUCUCCUCAGGCCUGCAGCCUGUGCAAACAAGGAAGAUGGUAUCAAAUUCGGAAGCUUUGCCAAAAUCAAAUUCCAUUCCAAGCAACCCAGAUCAUGUGGUAGGUGAGUUUUCACUACAGGACAAAUCUUCAGAAUCACAAGCUGUGACAGAGCUACCCAAAGUUGUGGUCCACCCUGUCAGUGUGCCCCUUCUAGGAGCUGACAGUCCAAAGGUCGUGGAUUCCAAGGCUGAACUCUCUAGUGCACAGAAACAGAAGGACCUGCAGGUAACCAGUGUGCUGUCCCGUUCAGCCUGGACGUCCUCUCUAGAGACAGAUGAGAAGUCCCAUCAGAAAGGGGACGUGAGUCAGAUGGAAGGAAAACAAGAGUCUCAUGUCGGAACGGUACAUGCCCAGCUACAAAGGCAGCAGGCUACUGAUUACUCCCAAGAGCAGCAGGGGAAACUUCUGAGCCCUCGAAGUUUAGGAAGUACAGAUUCUGGUUACUUUUCACGUUCUGAAAGUGCCGAUCAAACAGUGAGUCCACUGACUCCCUUUCCCAGAAUGUUACCCACCAUAGAACAAGACUCAAAUAAGAAUAAUGGGCCCCCUGCACCUCAUACCAGUACACCAGCUCCUACUGCUUUAACAAUAGGUGAAAAAGCACUAUUUUCACCAGGCCAGAUGCGCCCACCCUUGGCGACAAAAACACUUGAAGAACGGAUAUCAAAGCUUAUCUCAGACAAUGAAGCCCUGGUGGAUGAUAAGCAGCUAGAUAGUGUGAAGCCCCGGAGAACCUCUCUCUCACGACGAGGAAGUAUCGACUCCCCCAAAUCAUACAUAUUUAAGGAUUCUUUCCAGUUCGAUUUAAAACCAGUGGGCCGGAGAACAAGCUCAAGCUCUGAUAUACCAAAGUCCCCUUUCACCCCUACUGAGAAAUCAAAGCAAGUGUUUCUUCUGUCCGUCCCUUCCCUUGACUGUUUGCCUAUUACAAGAAGUAAUUCUAUGCCGACCACAGGCUAUUCAGCAGUACCUGCAAGCAUCAUACCUGCCCCUCAGCCACUGAGAGGAAGUCAGUCAUUUGACGACAAGAUCGGCACUUUCUGUGAUGAUGUGUUUGUAUCCGGGCCUAACACAUCUGUGCCCCAAAGCGGACACACCCGUACCCUUGUUAGACAAGCAGCAGUAGAAGAUGCUCCAACGAAUGAAAAUCAUGUUCUGGGACCUGAGCAGUCCUUGGACGAGGGCUAUCAAGGAUGCGGUGCUGCAAGUGACACCGUGUUAGCAAAGAGCAAGGUACUGGCAUCAGGCCCACAUCUGGAAAAAAAGAAGUCUCAUCAGGGGCGAGGGACAAUGUUUGAGUGUGAGACCUGCAGAAACAGGUAUAGAAAACUGGAAAAUUUUGAAAACCAUAAGAAAUUUUACUGUUCAGAGUUACACGGACCGAAAACAAAGGUAACUGUGAGGGAGCCUGAGCACAGCCCUGUGCCGGGCAGUACACAGCCUCAGAUCCUGCACUGCAGGGUUGCUGGUGCCACGGGGGUCUGGGAACAGACAUCCCAGAUAAGGAAAAGGAGGAAGAUGAAGAGUGUUGGAGACGACGAUGAACUUCAGCAGAAUGAAAGUGGAGCUUCCCCCAAAAGUUCCGAAGGCCUGCAGUUUCAGAACACUCUGGCCUCUGCUGCCAGUGUGCCUAAGCAUGUUGUCAUGACAAGCGACCAGCAGCAUAGAAAUACACAGUUGCAAAGCACCCAAGUUCAACUGGUUGCCAGAGGCCCCAACCAGACCGUGAAUCCAAAGCUGUCUCCCAUCAUGGAACAACAGAUAAGUUCAGCUGCCCAGGACAAGGCCGAGUUGAAGAGACAAGGAACCGGGAUCUCGGUCAUCCAGCAUACGAACUCCCUGAGCAGACCCAGUUCAUUUGACAAACUUGAGUCUUUUGAAAGAGGUUCCCCAGUGUCUUUCCAGGAGCUGAGUGGGACAGUGAGGCCCGAGUGUCUGAAAGUAAUAGGAAUCUCCCAAGAAGAAGGUCACCCUUCUCAAAGCACAUGUCACCCUCUCCAGCCUGCACUAUCAGACACGCUUAGAGGAGAACAUCCGGAAGGCUCAAGAAAGACCUCAAGUGAACGAUUCAUGUUAGGACAGCCCUUGAGACUUGUUCGGCAGCACAAUAUCCAAGUCCCAGAAAUUUUGGUCACAGAAGAGCCAGAGCGGGACUUCGAAGCCCAAGGCCAUGAUCAGGAAAAGUCAGAGAAGUUCAGCUGGCCUCAGCGUAGUGAAACCUUGUCAAAAUUGCCAACAGAGAAACUGCCACCCAAAAAGAAAAGGCUCCGUCUUGCUGAGAUAGAGCAUUCAUCCACUGAGUCGAGUUUUGACUCCAGUCUGUCCAGGAGUCUGAGCAGGGAGAGCAGUCUAUCUCACGCUUCAAGUUUUUCAGCUUCGUUAGACAUAGAGGACAUUUCUAAAACUGAGGCUUCCCCCAAAAUCGAUUGUUUAAAUAAAGCAGAGUUUCUUAUGAUUCCAGCUGGCUCUAAUACACUGACUGUUCCUGGAACUCCCCGGGAAAUGAGGCGUGCUGCAUCAGAACAGAUAAGCUGCCUGCAAACAUCGAUGGAGGUGUCUGAUUUCAGAAGUAAAUCGUUCGACUGUGGAAGCAUAACUCCACCUCGGAAAACCCCAUUUGUUGAGUUACCACUUCCAACGUCCCCUUCUGGCAUGGGGAUCACUGGGCACGUGCCUCUCUUAGAAAGGAGGAGAGGGCCACUGAUUCGGCAGAUAUCUUUAAACAUAGCUCCAGAGAGUCAUCUGUCUCCUGCAAACACAUCAUCUUUCCAAACUCUUGCUCUUCCUGGUGUGCAUGCAGUGCCCUCUCAGGGGCCUCAGCAUAUGAGUACAUCUGUAGUUGAAUUUCCCGCAAGUAUUUGGCAUUCCCAGACUCAAGUUAAGGAUCUGCGAAUAGAAACUUCAAACUCCAACCCUACUGACAUCUUACCUGUUCAACAGCUUUUUGGUAUCAAUUUGUUAAAUCAAAUCCAGGUGCCCCAUAGCCACCAAAACACAGAAAUGUCUCUGCAAGUGUCUACACAGAGUGCCAAACAAGACGCAAGUCCUGGUUUGCAUGUGUCUUCCAGAAGUGAAGAGUGCUUUGCUCCCAAGUACCAGCUUCAGUGUCAGGUCUUCACUUCAAGCCACUCCUGCUCUUCUACUCCUGUACCUUCUCUGCCAAAGCAGGUUCUUCCAGAUCCAGCGGCUGCCAACCACCAUGCAACUUCGUUAGCAUUGCCCCCCAAGUUAGCAGACACCAUGUCUAAUUCCUGUCCUCUACCACCACUCAAGCUCGGGCCCCUCUGUGGUCAGGUGCAGAAGGUGCCAAUGCCAUUUACGCGACCAGUGCCUCUGCAGAGUAACAUCCCAGUGUACUGUUUUGCCACAGUCACACCUCUGCCACAAAUCUUAGUGACCCAAGAUCUGUCCAGUCAGCCAAUUUGCCAGGCUAGUCACAGUGUGGUGCCAGUCAGCAGAGAACAAAAGUCCAUGCCAAAACCUCAAGAAGAAGAACAGAAUGCUUUGCCAAACCCAGAAGAACUUGUUUGCGAAAAUGUGUUUUCAGAGAUGGGCCAGAAUUCUUCUCUGUCAGAACCCUUGCCCAUAACUCAGAAAAUGUCUGUUGGUAGGCUUUCCCCCCAACAAGAAUCUUCAGCUUCAAGUAAAAGGAUGCUUUCCCCAGCAAAUAGUUUAGACAUUGCCAUGGAAAAGCACCAGAAGCGAGCUAAAGAUGAAAAUGGAGCUAUUUGCACAACAGAUAUUAAACCAUUUGAACCACUGAGUUCAAGAGCUAAUGAAGUUAAUAAACAGAAGAAACCUGUUUUAGUCAGGCAGGUCUGUACUACAGAGCCUCUUGAAGGUGUGAUAUUGGAACAGGAUAUUUUUUCUCAACCUGAAAUUGAAAGUGAGGCUAUUACUUUGACAGAUGUUUUGCAAGCUGAUAAUUUGUCAUCGGUUCACUCCAAGUCUAUAGUUACAGAACCUGUAAAAGAAUUGCAAGAAUUUGAAAUCAGGUCCCCUGCAUCACUAACUCUUUCAGUUAGAAAUUCACCUGUCCCAUCAGAAAAUAUCUCUCUUUUGGAAUGUACAGACAAUAACCAAGAAAGGAAGUCUCCAGGGAUUAAAAAUCAAGGUGACAAAGGGUACAUCCAAGAACAAAGUCAACCUUCAGUCACCACUACUUCAGUAUUUGAUGCUGGGGACACACAGCAGGUGUCUUUCCCCAGCCUGAAGACUGCAACCAGCUUUACAUGGUGUUACCUACUGAGACAGAAGGCAUUGCAUUUGCCUCAGCAGGACCAGAAAACUUCGGCUUAUGCUGUUUGGACAGUAAGCGCCAGGAAUCCAAAUCCGCUGGGUUUGCCUACGAAAGUUGCUCUUUCUCUCCUUGAUUCAAAACAGAAGACUGGAAAAUCACUCUACUCUCAAGCAAUAACUACCCAUUCCAAAUCAGAUUUACUGGUCUACUCAAGCAAGUGGAAAAGCAACUUAAACAAGAGAGCAUUAGGUAAUCAAAAGUCCACAGUAGUUGAAUUCAGCAAUAAAGAUGCCUCUGAAAUUAACAGUGAGCAAGAUAAAGAAAAUUCCUUAAUCAAAAGUGAACCAAGAAGAAUUAAAAUAUUUGAUGGAGGAUAUAAAUCAAAUGAAGAGUAUGUGUAUGUCCGAGGCAGGGGAAGAGGAAAGUACAUUUGUGAAGAAUGUGGAAUACGUUGUAAGAAACCUAGUAUGUUAAAGAAACACAUACGAACCCAUACAGAUGUCCGCCCUUACCACUGCACUUACUGUAACUUCUCCUUUAAGACUAAAGGAAAUCUGACAAAACACAUGAAGUCCAAGACACAUAGCAAGAAAUGUGUGGAUUUAGGCGUCUCAGUAGGUUUAAUAGAUGAACAAGAUACAGAAGAAUCAGAUGAAAAACAAAGAUUCAGUUAUGAGCCAUCUGGAUAUGAUCUUGAAGAAUCUGAUGGCCCAGACGAGGAUGAUAAUGAAAACGAAGACGAUGAUGAAGACAGCCAGGCAGAAUCCGUCCUGUCGGCAGCUCCCUCCGUCACAGCCAGCCCACAGCAUCUUCCGCCUAGAGGCAGCCUUCAGGACUCUGUGAGUGCUGAUGAGGACAUCAGGAUUCCCGAUGGCUUUUCUGGGGUACACCCAGACCCAAUGGACAUUCUGCCUAGAGCGUUGCCCACCAAGAUGACCGUACUGAGCACAGUGCAGUCGGACUGCAGUAGGAAGGCAGCGUCUCCAGGGGCGACCCGGCAGCAUGUGGCGAAAGGCAAGGAUGAAGCUAGUACUCCUGUGGACUCUUCGCGGUCACCUGAAGCUGCACCCAGACCCCCCUGCCAUCCGAUGUCUGUAGACUACCCUGAAUCGGAAGAAGUCCUGGGAAAUUCUAUGGCAGGAAAGGCUCUUCUUGGUUUAGCACAGGAUACAUCACCUGUAAGGCAUCCUCCUGCAGCAGAGCGCAGCCCUGAGACAGCCCUGGGGAUUCUCUCUGUGGUCAUGCCUCAGCCUGACACUCCAGAACAGAAGCAGCAAAUAACUCCCCAGCCAGCUCCAGGCCUGCCUUCUCCCCAGACUCACCUCUUUAGCCACCUUCCUUUGCACUCCCAGCAGCAGUCAAGGACACCUUAUAAUAUGGUUCCAGUCGGGGGCAUCCACGUGGUACCUGCCGGCCUCACAUACUCCACGUUCGUACCCAUUCAAGCCGGGCCCAUGCAGCUCACGAUUCCUGCUGUCAGUGUAAUUCACAGGACUGGGGGCACUCCUGAGGAUACCAUCACAGAAGUUUCUGGCACUAAAAAUUCUGCUGGAGUGGCUGAGUUAAGCAGUGUCGUGCCAUGUAUUCCCAUUGGCCAAAUCCGUGUGCCAGGCCUUCAGAACCUGAGUACACCCAGCUUGCAGUCAUUUCCAUCACUGAGUCUGGAAACCGUCAAUAUUUUAGGCUUAGCCAAUACAAAUAUUGCCCCGCAAGUACACCCACCAGGGCUAGCUCUGAAUGCAGUCGGGCUGCAGGUUUUGACUGCAAACCCUUCCUCACAAAGCGGCCCCACCCCUCAGGCACACAUUCCAGGCCUCCAGAUUGUGAACAUAGCAUUGCCGACCCUAAUUCCCUCAGUCAGCCAGGUGACCGUUGAUGCACCGGGAGCUCCUGACAUCCCAGCUCCCCAGAACCGAGCUCGGGACGCACAGCCCAAGCUGACUUCCGUAACCAGCUCACAUCAGGGCAGCCGGACCGUGUCUCCUCAGGGGUCGCCUCAAGCCCAGCAGGAAAAUGCAGAAACAGUUCUAGAUGCACCCGCCCCUGCAAGAGACCAGGCAAGGCCUGCUGGCGCUGGUGAAAUGGACGCAGGGAAGGCUGCUUUGGUACAUCAGGGGAAGCCCACGCACAAACUCACUCCUGUGCAGGGCAAACCAACGUGCACAGCAGAGCCUGUGCUGGCGGCGCGCGCAGAGGUUUUCACGGAGCCACCAGGCCCGCAGACUGUGUCCCCAGACAGACGGGCGCGCAGGCCCACGGUGCCCCAGAGGCAGGCUGCUGCCCACUUCAGCGACGUGAGCAGUGACGACGACGAGGACAGGCUUGUGAUAGCAACCUAGUGGGUUUUGGGGGUGGGGUGGGGCAGGGCUUGUUUUGUUUUUUGGAGUUUUUUUAUAUAUAACACUUAAAGGUUUCUUUGAAAACCCUCCUUUCCUUAAAGCACAUUUUUCUGACAUAAAUUCAUGACUAAUCUUUGUGCAAUCAUGAACUUUUGACCAAUAAUUGUUUUGUGUCAGCUCCAGCCAUUUUUGUACAUGUUGUAUAGACAAUUGUGCCUUUUAGGAGUUUUAUGUUUAGAAACUGUACAGAUUGUUGAAUAUCUAUAUACAUAAAAUAUAUAUUAUAUAUGUAUAUGAAAACCAGGUAGUUAUUUGUGUUUAGUAAGGAAAACCUGUCAAAUAAAUCAAAUGUUUAAAUUAUAUGUUGCACUGUUAAAUAUAAAUUUUUAUGGCUGUGGGGCAGUUUCUGUGUAUAAAUUAGUAUGUAAACUCCGUAUUUAUUGUAUUCAUAUUAGUCUUUGAAAUGGGUCUGUCCUUCUUGUGUAAGACAGUAACUUUACACUUCAGACAGAUUUUCUGUGUAAUGAAAUGUUCCAGUAAAAUAUUGUUUACUGACUUUA